UAUUUGUUGCUUGGUAGACCUUUUCUUAAAGUCAUAAUACCACUGGUAUUUAUUUGGUAUUUAUUAUUAAAUAACGUUAUUGCAUUCUCCUGCAGGUUGUGACAUUCAUUCUGGGUGGCAAAUGGAGAACCACACCUACCCUAAGAACAUGUUCCUCCUGGAGGGGUUAAAAGUCACUCAACAGUCCUCCUACCCUGCCUUCAUCCUUCUCCUCAUCAUCUACAUCUUCACGAUGGUAUCCAACAUCGGCCUCAUACUACUGAUCUCCGUUGAGAGGAGCCUGCACCAGCCCAUGUACAUCCUCUUCUGCAACCUACCUCUCAAUGAUGCUCUUGGAGCCACGGUUAUCAUCCCUCGUUUGCUGAGUGAUAUAUUUGUGGCAAGCGCAGACCGCUACAUUAACAACGUUGCGUGUGCCAUCCAAGCAUUUUGCGCCCACAUGUUUGGCACAACAUCACAUACAAUACUGAUUAUCAUGGCCUUUGAUAGAUAUGUGGCCAUCUGCUACCCCCUACGAUAUGCCACCAUCAUGACCAACAGGAUGAUCGCAAAACUGACUUUUUUUGCCUGGGGGUCUGCCUUUCUGCUUGUGGGGAUCCUCCUGGGCCUCACACUCAGCCUGUCACGAUGCAGAUCUGAAAUCUUCAACCCCUUCUGUGACAAUGCCUCGUUAUUCAAGCUCUCCUGUGAAAGCGUUAUUAUUAACAAUAUCUAUGGACUCACUUUUACCAUCCUACUCCUGGGGUCCUCCAUAGGAAGUGUGACACUAACAUACCUUAAGAUAGCUAUGGUGUGUGUGAGAAACAAAAACAGGGUUCUGAAUAGCAGGGCCUUGCAGACCUGCUCCACACACCUGUCUGUGUACAUCAUCAUGCUGGUGUCCGGUUUCAUCAUCAUCUUUCUCCAUCGCUUCCCUCAGUGGGCCGACCACAGGAAACUGUCAGCCAUUUUGUUUAAUGUGGUUCCUCCUUGGCUCAAUCCUAUUAUAUACGGUCUGCAGACCAAAGAGAUCAGACAGAAAAUCUUCCACAAGUUUCAAAAUAAUAAAGUGACUGUAUGA